GAUGCGUUCAGUUGUAUUAAUUAUAAUAUUUUUAAUCGCUGCCUCUUCAGGUGACUCAGAUUUCAAUUCAAAUGUAGCCAAAUUUAGCGUCGAGCUGCUAUAUCGCACCAUGCAAGAUGCAGGUUGGCAAAGUAGGGUGAUGUCACCUUAUACUAUUUGGUCUUUACUAACAAGCAUGGCAUAUGAAAAUUUGGGAGAUACGUGGGAAGAAGUUUCGAACGUAUUUUUACUAACGAAGAACAGAAGUGAAUUCGUAGAAGCGUUCACGAAUCUGAGACAAUCAGUGUUCCGUGUAAAUAAUAUGGUGUCAUGGAAUUUCCUUUUUUAUGACGAAAAUUUUCAUAUUCACUCAGACAGUAUAAGCCGGUUGGAAAAUAACUUCGGUUUUAUUACUCGGCGUUUUAAUUUUAAGGACCAACAAGGCGCAACAGUUUUUCGUUUGCGAAUCUUAGAAGAACAUCUUAUACCGACAAUCGGGUGGCAUGGUGUAUUGAGCAUUCAAGAUUUCAUAAAUUCAACGAUGAUUAUCAACAAUUUCUCGCAAUUUUACGCGGAAUGGUCAAAUCCGUUUACAAAUAAAUUAACGCCAGUUUAUAAUGGACAUAGAAAUUCAACUGGAUAUAUGACAAUAAUGUCUGCGAAAGGGCGAUUCCGCAUCUCUAAUUUUGAAUCUUUAAAAGCAACUGUGACAGAGUUGCCAUACAAAGGUAGAGAAUAUGGCAUGCUCCUCAUCAGACCACACAGCGGACAUGAAAUUCAAGAAGUAUUCAAUAACCUCAGAAAUAUCUCAUUGAAUGACAUCUUUGCUAAGCUUCAAAAUGACGGCGACGAGUCUGGAUGGAAUGAGGUUGAGGUAAAUUUGCCGUCAUUUUCUGAUGAAACCAGGAUAAACUUAAACAAACCCCUAUUUAAAAUGGGACUUUCUUCCAUGUUCGAUGAGAAUUCCGCCGAUUUCAACAAUUUUUCUGAAGAUGAUAUAUAUAUUUCUGAAAUCACACACAGAACAUCUUUUGUUGUCAAUUUUAACAGAACUUACAUAAUCACAACUACACCCACUUUACUGCCGCCUAGCAAGUCAAAGAGAAACGAUUGGACGGUAGUUAAAUCAAAUGAUCCGUUUAUUUAUCUCAUAGUGGUAAAAUCCACAGUCACAUUACUCUUUGGUGGAUCUUAUACGGACACCAUAUUGUAUCAACCCUUCUAGGAUGAAAUAUAGCAAAAGCCAUUUUUUCAACUUUAAUUGAUGCUAUUUCAUUCACUUUAACGAGCUCUAUGAAUCAGUUCGCGAAAAAACAUCUUUUACUAGGUGCCCAAAAAAUUUCAGACUAAUUCUUGUAUUUUUAAGAAAAGUCCGCUUGGGUGGGAUAUUUAGAGGAGAAAGGUUAAUUACCUAUACGUAUUGUGGAGAAAGAGGUCAAUAAAUGGGAAAUGACUGUGGAGGAGAUCAGGACCGAAAAAAUAUGGUUAUAGUGCUACAGGAUGAUGAUGAUGAUGAUGACCUACCUACUCUACGUACA